UGCGCUAAUCCAUGAACUGCGACUGUCGCAAAGCGAUUGUACACUGUAUACAUACAAGGCGAUAGGUUAGAAAGUUUGAUUUAUUAAAAUAGAUAAAUGAUAAGUUUGUUUAUUUUAAACUCGGUGGUCGUAAAUGCUGAGGAAAUAUUGUAAUAUGAAAAGGAAAAAAUUUUACGAUUGAGCAGUGUGAGACAUCGUAUUGAUUUAUCGCUCAAAGCUGACUAAACGAAGAAGGAUAAAGUUAAUAUUUUCAAGGAAUUGAAUUUGUUUUGUUAAAUAAUGUAUAUAAUCGGUUGUAUGAUAACGUAGUUAUUGCCUACUUUAAAUACUUCGUUUUCGCAAAUUUUUCUAGAUUUAUGUUAGAAAAUGUAAUGAAAAGAAAUAGAAAUGGCUGGGGGACGUAAAUGCCCUGGGGGACGAAGUUCAGCAAGUGCUCGGGUACAACUUAAUAAUUCAAGUAAUUCUGUAUCUACUGCGAAUGCUUGCGUUGGUUCAGGAGUUUGUAAUGUCGAGGAGAAAAAGAACUUUGGGGAGCAGAUAUCGAUUGGACGUACGCUUGCGCCAAAACACGUUCCCAUUCCAACGAUACCAGCCGAUGGGCAAGUCCUUUUUGAAACGCGAUCCUUAGCGACGUCGAUAGUGGCUGCCUCGUUACAAUUACUUAACUUGUACAAAACUGUUUGGUGGUUACCUCAGUCGUAUAACGAAUACACUAUGAAUUUCUACCUGAUGGAUCCUUAUCUUAUUAUAUUUAUUGUGACAAUGGUCGCGAGACAAUUUAUUUAUGCAUUGCUUUGUAAAUCCAUGGACGUUGUUACUCCACCGCGGUGGCUACCAAUUGCCCAAAGAAUAAUGAGGGCGCUACUUUUAACUAUCAUUAUAGGCAUACUUUUCUGGUGUUUAUAUUACAUGAGCGAAAGACAUAAUUCUAUCAAAGUGUUUUAUCUUUGUUACCCUAGUAUAUCCAUCUACUUCUUAAUGUUUGGUGCAAGUAUAGGACCUUUUUUUGACAUAUCUGCUGCGCCCCUUUACGUCAAAGAGGAUAGAAAAACAAAAUUUAUAUUAGAGAAACCGUUGCAUAAUUGUUCGUUGAACGCACCAGCUAUUAGAGCCGAAGUGGCCAGUUUAAAAUCGGACUUCAAUCAAAGAUUAAAAAGAGCUUUAUUCGCAUCGUCCGGCAGUGCAUACUUAUGUGGUAUUGCACCUGUCAUAUUUGUUCCUCAGCAUCUACACUUUGAUGUAUCCUGGGUUGUACAGCACAUUAUUCUCAUAUGGCUCGGUAGAUUGGGUGCACAUUUCACACAAACGUACCCUGUUAGAUACUGCGACGUUUUGCACAGAGCUGCGCUUCAUCUUGGAAAAUGGUCGAAGGUUGAACGUAAGAAUAGUCACUUACCUGCGCAAUCUUGGAACGACGCAGUCUUAUGGCCUCACGGAUCAUUAGUAAAGCAUAACAAAGAGAUUUACCGCUCCGAAGGACUUUGCACUGCCGCUGAGCCAGGAAAUUCAAGUCAUUAUCGAUUUUACAUACUCUUUGGCAACCCAACCAUUUUUCAAUGCUCUUUAUUAAGUUUAGAAUUAACUCUCGUCGCCGUUCAAUUUAUGAUACUAAUUCGCACGACAGAGUGGUACAGAGUAUUAUCGAUGAGCCUUUUAAUUGUGACGAACUACUAUACCCUCUUUAGGCUUACGAGAGACUAUUUGAUCUGUUGGAAAGUUUACCGUGCUGAAAAGAUAGUCCAAGAGAAAGCACAAAUCGCACUAUCGAACAACGUUCAAUAAGUUUAAGGAAUAGUCGAAACCAAAGGUACAACAUUAAAAGGAAAAUAUAAGUUCGUUUAAUUGUAUAUUUUCUUUUCAUAAAAUACAUGUUACAAACUCAACAAGGACUAAUUUAUUUUUAAAGUAAUACACAUUCGUAAAUAGAGGUGAGAAAGGUAAAGAAAUUUCGCUACCAGUAGACAGCGCUAACCAGUAAUUAACAAACCUAUAUUUGGCUAUACAAGAUUAAAGCUACGCAAAUAUAUUCCCAAUAGACGAAUCGUCGAAUUGAGGAUGACGCUAAAGUAAAAUACAAUUACUAUUAUGAAUAUCUGUAUUCUACUUGUAAUAGCGAGCCCGCUCGGUUUUCAAAAACAUCAAUUCCUCUAAUUGAAAGGACAAAAAUGCGUGUAAUUAUUAACGUUAAUG